AUGUCGGCCCCUGGAGCUGGUCACGAAUUCCCCCGUCAAGAGGUCUCUUGGCAGAAGCGCGACGUGCUGUUAUUCGCCAACAGUAUUGGCAUCAAGGCCGACGAGCUGCACUUCCUCUAUGAACUUCACCCGAACUUCGCAGUGUUCCCUACCUACUCUCUCAUCCUUCCCUUCAAGCUCACUGACCAAGAAGUCACCGAUUUCUAUGGCCGCCAAAAGGCCGUCCACAUUCCCGGAGUGCCCGACCUCGACCACCGCUUUGGAGUCGAUGGCCAGCGCAAGCUCACAGUCCUGAAGCCGCUUCCUGCCACUAGCGCCGGCCGUAAAUUCGAGCUGCGCAACACUGUUAUUGGUGUAUAUGAUAAGGGUAAGCCCGGUACUGUUAUUGAGACCGAGCAGUCUAUCGUGGACAAGGAGUCUGGCGAGGUAUACUCCAAGGUCGUGUCCAGUGGCUUCCUUGUUGGCCAAGGAGGCUGGGGUGGUCCCAAGGGACCCAGCACUGUCAACUUCGCCCCACCCCAGGGCAAGGCUCCCGAUGCUACCCAUGUUAUUCAGAGCAACAUGGAGACAGCCCACCUAUACCGUCUCAAUGGCGACUACAACCCUCUCCACGCCACACCCGAGCCCGGUCAGAAGAUGGGCUUCGGCGGUACUAUUAUCCACGGCCUUUUCAGCUGGAACUCUGCUGCGCACGGUGUUCUGCGCGAAUUGGGUGGCAGCGAUCCUGCCAAUAUGAAGGAGUUCCAGGCCCGCUUUGCCUCGCCCGUUCGGCCUGGGGAUAAGCUUACCACAGAGAUGUGGAAGAUGGGCAAUGUCCAAGAUGGCUUUGAGGAGGUUCGCUUUGUUACUAAGAAUGACAAGGGUAAGGUUGUUCUGAGCAAUGGACGUUGUCUGUUGAAGGUGGUUGGUGGUGUCAAGAGCAAGCUGUGA